UUUGCAAGUCACUUCUUUAUGGGAGGCGAGAAGUUUGACACCCCUCACCCUGAGGGCUACCUUUUUGGAGAGAACAUGGAUCUAAACUUCCUCGGCAACAGACCUGUUCAGUUUCCGUAUGUAACUCCAGCUCCACAUGAGCCCGUGAAGACACUGAGAAGUCUGGUGAAUAUCCGCAAAGACUCUCUCCGUCUUGUCAGAUAUAAAGAUGAUGUUGACAGUCCUACUGAGGAGAAUGGGAAGCAGAAAGUCCUGUACAGCCUGGAGUUCACGUUUGAUGCAGAUGCCCGUGUUGCCAUCACAAUCUACUGCCAGGCUACAGAAGAGUUUGUCGGUGGCAUGGCAGUAUACAGCACAAAGAAUCCCUCUCUGCAAUCAGAGACAGUUCAUUACAAGAGAGGGGUAAGCCAGCAAUUCUCCCUGCCUUCCUUCAAGAUUGAUUUCUCAGACUGGAAGGAUGAUGAGCUGAACUUCGACUUGGAUCGUGGCGUGUUCCCUGUGGUCAUCCGAGCGGUGGUGGAUGAAGGGGAUGUGGUGGUUGAGGUGACGGGUCAUGCCCAUGUUCUUCUGGCUGCAUUUGAAAAGCACGUUGAUGGCAGUUACUCCGUGAAGCCGUUAAAACAGAAGCAGAUUGUUGACCGGGUGAGCUAUCUGCUUCAGGAGAUCUACGGCAUCGAGAACAAAAACAACCAAGAGACCAAGCCUUCAGAUGACGAGAACAGUGACAACAGCAACGAGUGUGUGGUUUGCCUGUCGGACCUCCGCGACACCCUCAUUCUGCCCUGCAGACACCUCUGUCUGUGCAAUUCCUGCGCUGACACCCUGCGCUACCAGGCCAACAACUGCCCCAUCUGCAGGCUGCCCUUCCGCGCCCUGCUGCAGAUCCGGGCUGUGAGGAAGAAACCGGGGGCUCUGUCGCCUGUGUCAUUCAGCCCUGUCUUGGCACAGAGCGUUGACCAUGACGAGCACUCUUGUCCCUUUAGACCCCUUAAAGUGAGCACUGUCUCCCUGCCCAGCAGGAAACCUAGAAGGGAAACAAGCUCUGACAACAUCCCCCCGGGCUAUGAGCCCAUUUCCUUGCUGGAAGCACUGAAUGGCCUUCGCUCUGUCUCCCCCUCCAUCCCGUCAGCUCCUCUGUAUGAAGAAAUCAACUACUCCGGCGUGGUGGAUGGAAUGCCGCCUGCCAGCCGGCCGCUCGUUGGGAUGGACAGAGCCGUGGAGAGCAGCCACCAAAAGGGCAAGCGGAGCAAGUCUCCAGAUAGCACACUACGGUCUCCCUCGUCCCCAAUCCAUGAGGAGGAUGAAGAGAAGCUCUCUGAGGACUCUGACUCGCAGCCGGUGCUGAGCGGUGGUGAGCUGGUCCUGAGAGAGACCAGCUCUCCAGAAAGCGUGGCAGGGGAGGAGAUGGAGGAGGCCUCGUCCGUGCAGCAGGCCUGUUCUCUGCCGUAG